CUCCCAUACAUAGCAUUGUCAUUGGUGGAGUUGUAUCAACCUGUUUUGUCAUUGGUCCACAGAGCUGUCAAUGAAAGCCUUUUCUUCCACCAGCCAAGAUAACAAGCAGGGCGAUUUUCACGGCGAAAGCAGUGAUGUGUCGGAGGCAGGUGAUACUGCUGUGAAUUGUUUGGUAAGCCACACGGGCGCGUUUACGAGACUUCAGUGAAUUUUAAUCCGUUAUCCACCAAUGCCACUGUCGUGCUUUAUAAGCUUGAACGUUUCGAAGGAGUCCCUGUCGUUACCGUUCAGGACCGUACGUUGAGAAAACCAUAAGGAGGAAAAAUAAAGGAAACGACAGUUUAGAAGGCUGUGUGGUCCGGAGGACGAAGCUGCCAGCUAAUACUAAUUGAGAGCUGUGGAGCCAAUAAGGAUAGUACACACUCAAACUGACAUCGCUAACCGAGGAUAAUCUGGUAAGGGAUAAACUCGACAAGCUCCUGGUGUCGAGAAGAUAAGUUAGUUGGCUUGGUGCGAAGAUAUCUCCAGACUACGGCGACGUCUGCCAGUACUUUCACCUUUAAAAACAAAAGAAAAAAAAAAAAAAGCAAAACAAACGUCCAGCCGCCGUCCAGCAUUUCGAGGAUGAACCACCUAUCUCUCAGUGAGCUGUGUUGCCUGUUCUGCUGUCCACCGUGCCCCAGCAAGAUUGCUUCUAAGCUGGCCUUCCUGCCCCCCGAACCAACCUACAGCCUCAUGUGUGACGAGAGCGGUGGCCGAUGGACGCUGCACCUCUCCGAACGUGCUGACUGGCAGUACUCAGCCCGUGAGAAGGAGGCCAUUGAGUGUUUCAUGACACGCACCUCAAGAGGGAACCGAAUUGCCUGCAUGUUUGUCCGCUGCUCACCCAGCGCCCGGUAUACUCUGUUAUUCUCCCAUGGUAAUGCAGUGGACUUGGGCCAGAUGAGCAGCUUCUACAUUGGCCUUGGUUCCCGGAUCAACUGCAACGUCUUCUCCUACGACUACUCGGGUUACGGGGCCAGUUCUGGGAAACCCUCAGAGAAGAACCUGUACGCUGAUGUAGAUGCUGCCUGGCAGGCACUCCGAUCACGGUAUGGCAUCCGUCCAGAAAAUGUGAUUGUGUAUGGUCAGAGCAUUGGCACGGUGCCCUCUGUAGACCUGGCUUCUCGCUAUGAGACUGCUGCAGUCAUCCUCCACUCCCCGCUCACCUCUGGCAUGAGAGUGGCUUUCCCUGACACCAAGAAGACCUACUGCUUUGAUGCUUUCCCAAACAUCGACAAGAUUUCCAAGGUAACAUCGCCAGUACUUGUGAUCCAUGGAACAGAAGAUGAGGUCAUUGAUUUCUCCCACGGGCUGGCACUAUAUGAACGCUGCCAGCGCCCAGUGGAGCCUCUCUGGGUGGAAGGGGCCGGACACAAUGAUGUGGAGCUCUACGGACAGUACCUGGAGAGACUCAAACAGUUUGUUGCACAUGAAUUAGUCAACUUGUAAAGGAGCUGGAGAAAAAGGGUGGGGGUCGGGGAGAAGAGAACACAGCAGAUCUAAGGAGUAUGUAAAUGAACAAGGGGUUCAACUUUUUCUUCUAAUGCAGGUAGAAGUUGUCUGUUGUACUGUCUUCUUAAUGGUUGACUCCAUCAUUUGGGGGGGCUCCCCCCCACCUAUGUUGGAGCUCCAGUUUGCCCAGGGCAUGCCCACACCGUCCACUCCACAUGCUGCAGCUGUGAAUUUAGAAG